AGAGUUAUUUUGAACCAAAAUUACAAUGUGCUUAGAAAAUAAAAUAAAUUAAAACUGGAUAAAUACUGAAGUGAAAAUGGAAGAUUCAUAUACGGACAGCGAUGUUUCUAUGUCUCCUACACAAAUACUGGAACGGUUACAAGUUCUUCGACAGUUACAGUUAAUGCAACGCGGAAAGCUUAAGAAUCAGCGUUUGCAGUACCAGGAAUCUCCAGUAAGCUCAAACGUAACAGAAAUUGUGAGCCAUUUCAGCAAUAGUACUAGCUAUAACACUUUCCAAAGUUUGUUGCAUUCUUCUGAAGUAACUUAUGAAGAAACACCACGGCGCAACAGUGGUGAUAUGGCGCCCAAAGUAAAAGAAAAUGAUAUGAUUGAGGGAGUGACUGUUUUGAACUUAUCUCAAGAAUCAGAAUUUAUUGUGAAAUCUCCAGCUUCUACAAAAAGUUCGGAUUCGCACCUGAAGGUUGAUAAUGUGAAAUUGACACCAAAUCUUCCCUUCAGUAAUAACAGUGUAAAAAUACACUCUGUACAAAGCAAACAAAUAUCACUGGAUGAAAUGCCAAUACUUUCUCCAAAAAAAGAUUUUGAAGGCUUAUUAAUGGAAAAACUUCAAAACAGUAAAGAAGUUCCAGAUAGUAAAAGUCCAAAAUCCAAAAUUGUUCCAGGGAUAAUAAAAAAGCCUUUUCUGAAAAGAGGAGAAGGCACGGCUAGGUUUGGACUUAAUAAAAACGAUUUAAAAAUUCAAAACACACGCUCACUGCCCUGGAGGCGUAAAAGCUUUGAGACUAAAUGUUACCAAUCUCCUAUAAAGCAAAUUAAACAAAAUAAUAAAAGGAAUGAAAUUAAAAAAGUGGCAGANUUCAAAAUUGUUCCAGGGAUAAUAAAAAAGCCUUUUCUGAAAAGAGGAGAAGGCACGGCUAGGUUUGGACUUAAUAAAAACGAUUUAAAAAUUCAAAACACACGCUCACUGCCCUGGAGGCGUAAAAGCUUUGAGACUAAAUGUUACCAAUCUCCUAUAAAGCAAAUUAAACAAAAUAAUAAAAGGAAUGAAAUUAAAAAAGUGGCAGAUAAACCACAAAGUCUGUGUCCGAAGCCGAAGAUAUUAGUUAAGCAAAGCAAUUCUUUAAAACCAGAAAAUGUAGCACAUGAAAUGAAGAAAGAUAGCAUUAAAAGUCUUGUAGAAUCCAAUAUUUCUGAAAUUCAUACUAACAAAACAGACUCUAACAAAAUAAUUGAAAUACCAAAAGAAAAACACCCCUUUGUUGCAAAUAAAGGAAAGACAUGGGCCUCUGUUCUAACAAAUGAACAGAAUGACUUUUUGAGGCAACUUAAGCAAAGUGAAUUUUACAAGAACUUUGCUUCUCCAACUAAAAGCUCAGUAUCUGAUAUUAGUUGUAACGAGAGCUUAAUCAAUAUAAGACAGCGAAGAGAAGCAGCUGAGCAAAAUAUGUUUGAGCUUUUAGAGAACAAGGUCUCUCAUGAUAGUUUUACAUUAGAAAAUUCAUUUCUUAAUAAAUUUUUAAAACCCAAGAAUCUUGAUUCUUCUGGAGAAAGUACUCCUUUGGUCGUACAAAAGUUCAUAAUGAACAAUCCUGCUUUAAGGCAUAUAUCUGCAGGCUUAAGUCUACCAGAGGUUAGUAGUACAUAUACAGAAAUUGAUGUUGAUAGAUGUAGAAGCUAUGAUUGUACAGAAUGUUGUACUGACAAUUGUUCUUCUGUAUCAACUUGUUGCUCAUGUAAAGCUACUGAGCACACUGACGAUAAUACCUCUUGCAAAACAACUCCAGUACAAAUAAAACAGAAUCUAAAAUCAAAGGAAAAAAAGGUUGACAAAGAAAAAGCAGAUAGUUGUCAUAAUAAUGACACUGAACAUGACAUAAUGAAAAACAACUUAGUGGAAAUGAAUGCCAAAUUAGUAAACACAAGUGAACUAUUAAAAGAAAGGUUGCAGGAACUAGAAGGUGAAAUAGAAAUAUUUAGAAAGGAAAAUUCAAAUUUAGCAAAACUUAGAGAAGAUAUUGAUUUAGAGAGACAAAAGUUCUAUCAAGAAAAAGCUGCUUUUGAACAAAAGUUUAAUGAGGAGAAAAUUUUGUCUGAAUAUUACCUAGCUGAAGAAAAAGAAAAACUAACAAAACAAAAGCAAAUGUAUGAAAGAAACAUAAGAGAAAUCAGAGGCAGGCUUAGUAAAAAAGAAAAAGAUGAAGUAAUCAAUCUGAAAAAGGAAAUAGAAAGUCUCAAAGAAGAAAUAAGAGUUAAAGAUGCAAAAUCAACAUCAACCAUAGCUAGACUCCGAAAUCAAAUUAAGAUAAUUGAAAAAGAAAAAAAAGAUAAGGAGACAACAAUAGAAAAAUUGAAAAAGGAAAAUAAAAGAAUUCAACAUAGCAAUGAUAUUACAAGGCGUUUAUCCAACAUGAAAUAUUUAGCUGAAAUAAAUAAAAAAUUAAAAAAUGUGAAUCCAAAAGAUAUUAGAUCUGAACCUGAUUUAGAUGAUGAUGCAAAGUAUAAAGAUUUUGAGAUAGAAAGACAAAGUAGAAAUAAAACUGCUCCAAUAGCCAAAAGUAAUACAAGACAAAGAGCUAAGAGUGUACCAAACCUAAAUGUGUCUUCAGCAUAUGCCAAGUAUUUCAGUCAAAGAGAUGCUCUUAGUCAAAUAGAACAAAAUCGGACAUUGAAUAAGGAUAAGAUCAAUAUAAGUUAUUCAGAUAAUGAUAAUGAUUUAGAGGAACUGGAAGAUGAACAAGUAUCUGACAUCCAAGACAAUCCAAAUGAAAAAUCCAACAGUGAAGGUGUAAAUAAUUUAGAAAAGAUUUAUUUGCAAACAUUUAGAUGUAACUCUCCAAAAAGCUUCAGGUCUAGUACAAGUUCUGUUGAUAGUAAUUCUAAUAUUCAAGAAAAAAGAGACAACAAUUUCAUUACCAAAUCCAAUUCUUUUUCAAAUUCAAUAAGAACUUCUAAAUCUCCAAAUUCAACAACUAGGACAUACCAGAACUACAGUACAAAUAGAAGUAAAUCACCAGUAUCUAUUUUGAGCAACAGAUCUCAAACUUCCGGUUACUCUCCUGAAAGCUGUUCAGAUUUUUUUGGAAUCAACGAAAAUCUUAGAACAAAAUCACCAAUAUCCACUAUGCUCAGCAAUCAUUCAUCGUUAAGAUCAGAAACAGUUAUUUUCAAUGAAAAGAGUGCAGAUGCUACAAAACAAACCAGUUCAUCUAGCUUGACAAAAACAAAUCUGAAUCCAAUGGAAAUUAAAAGAUCAGAUGGAUCACGGGAAUUAAGGUUUCCAAAUGGGAAUGUUAAACACAUAUCUGCUGAUGGUAAAUAUAGUAAAUUUAUUUAUUAUAAUGGUGAUGUCAAGGAGAAUUUUUACAGUGAUGGGAUAAUCAAAUAUUAUUAUGCUGAAACAAAAACAUAUCACACGACCCAUCCAGAUGGUUUGGAGGUGCUGGAGUUUCCAGAUGGUCAAGUAGAAAAAAGAUAUAAAGAUGGUUCCUCUGAAAUACGCUUACCGAAUGGCAGUAUCCGAUAUUUCGACCCUAAGAAUGAACAUGUUCGUGAGGAGUGGAGGUUCCCUGAUGGAGCUGCACUCACCAUUUCUGCUAGUGGGGAACAACGCAUCAUUUUUAGUAAUGGUCAAAUUGAAGUGCAUGCAGCAGAUCAUAAGCGUCGCGAGUUUCCAGAUGGUACUGUUAAGCUGGUAUAUCACGAUGGUACUUCUGAGACUCGCUAUGCAUCAGGACGUAUCAGAAUAAAGGAUAAACACGGAAGUUUGAUUAUGGACUCUGCACGGAAUUGAAUUCCACACUUAGUAUUAUACUCUGCAACCCGUUUAGUUGUAUAGGGAUAAUUGCUAAAGUGGAGAUUAAAAAAAAAUUUUGUAAAUGUUUUGCUAUUGACUAUGUGAUUAUUUGUAAAGUUGACU